AUGGGGUCUAGCCUUCAGACCGGCACACUGCAUCCGCAACUUACGGUCGGCCUACCGGGUCCGCUCACCUCGCUCCCCAAAGCAGCACGGGAACAGUGCCGCGCCUCGAUCCUGGUGCACCUACCGCCCAGCCUCUUCUACGACCCAUACACCUCCUACGCCAUCCGCCGCGAUCCACGUAUCGCAAACGUGCAAAUUCUCGGUCACACUGAGCUGGAACGACCUGUUGGAUGGAGCCUAUCCUCCCCGCCCCCUUCUUCGUCGGUGCGGACGUCGGCGGGUGCAAGGAGCUGGUGGGAGAGGGACUACGACAGCGACGAGGCGGGCGGGACGUUUCCGGACGACGAUGAAGGCCUGGCCGGGCUGGUCGGCGGACUGCUCAAGAACGAGGUCCAGCAGCGAGAGGGUAGGAGGGCGGAAGCGGCCGGGCUCGGCGCUCGGGGGAAUCGAGGAACGGGAAGGAUAGAGGACCUGAAACACGAACACACCACCGUCGUCUUGGACCUCGACACUUCCGCACUCGGCAGGGCCAGUGGAGGCGCGACGGAGACGAUCGAUGUGCCGCUCCACGUCCGAUACAUGCCGCCAUCCUCGACGACGUCGCCGAGCCUUGUCGUGGGACUCGAGAGGGUUGCGACCAGGAUGCUUUCACCGGCAGUCUCGAAGUGGCUCAACAGCGCCGUGGCGCACAUUCCAUGGCUCUCCUCAUCCGGCCCAGGCGUCGAUACCUCGGAGCGCAUCGAUUCAAGCAGGACGACGGUAAACGAGGAGGACGAAGGGCUGUACUACCGCCAAGCGCUGCAUCCGCCCGAGAUUGUCCUCGACUGUCCCGACCAAGUGGAUGCGCGAUCGCUGAAAGGGUGGUAUCCCGUCGCACCUGACCUUGAACUCGACCUCCCCAUCGGCGACACCCAGGUAGCGCCCUUCGUCCAGUUCUUUACCGUCCUCUGCGUCUUCCUCCUGUCCGGCUGGGUCCUCUCGUCCACGUUUCGGUACACCGACAAGGUCGACCGCCACGAGGCGCACCAAGCCAGCACACGCGAGAAGAGCGUGCUCGGAAAGCGUCAAUAA